CGCAUCAAAACCAUAAUGAAAACUGUACCAUCGGUUAAUCUCAUCAAUUCUGAUGCAGUAGUAUUAGUUGAAAAGGCAUUGGAAUUAUUCUUGAGGAAUUUUUCUCAAGAUAUCCACAAAUUCACUUCACAUUUUCCCGCCCACCUGAUAGAAUAUGCGCAACACGUUGACCGCGCACAGUUUAACGAACCGAAGAAAGAGAAAUCCGUUUUCCUAGUGUUCGGUCAUGGGAAGCGGAACCGCAAUAGAACACGUAUGGUAUUUACCCGGACAAUGUUGAAUCCUAUUACUUCCAAAGUACGGUGUUUCGGUCUAACUCUUGCGCCGCCGUGCUGCGUGUCUCGAACCAUUCGACCGCCGCUACUUUCUUUUGAAUGA